UUAGGUACCCGAUCAUUGUUGUUGGAUUCCUUCUUUCCUCGCCGCGGCACCACGGCAGCACCAGCCCAACAGGUGUGGCAUCGGGCAGCCUCCUAUAAGGCCCUUCCCUUCCACUCUGUCGCCUCGAAGUUGAGGAGCUAGCAUGUAUCCCGGACGCGCACGGGCACACGGGCGCCAACAGCACCACCACCACCCGGCGAGGUAAGGGAGGAAACAUGGGUUGCUAUCCUCCCUUGGACAAGAUCGUGUCCAAAGCGCUCGGAAAAUGUAAUGGGCGCGACAGAUGGAGGAAGGAGAGGCUGGACUACGCCCUGGCCUACCCGCCCACAGAAAUCCACUACAUGCGGCCGGUGGCGCGCACGGUCACCUUCGCCAGCAACAACUCCGUCUACGUGAUCCCACCGUCGCCGCCGCCGCCGCCGCAGCCGCCGUCGCAGCAGCAGCAGCAGUGCUCACCGGAGCCGCCCCAGCAACCCCAAACGCCACCGCCACACGAGCCGGAGCAGCACCACGACGCACCCGAACCCCAACCACAAGCGCCACCAGAGCAAAGGCCCGCCGAGGCCGAGCCAACGUCGCAAACGCAAGACGGGCCGCCACCGGCCGAGCCGAAGCCGCCGAAGGGCCCGAAACGAGGCAAGAAGAAGCAGUCCGGCAGCGUCCGGUUCGGCCCCGAGCCUCCACCUCAACAGAAACAGGAGGAGCAACCGCAGCAGGAGGAGGAGCACGACCAGGCGCAGGGCCCGGGCGACAGCGGGGACGCGAAGGGUCAGCAGACGGCGCCGGCGCCGGCGCCCGCGCAGGGGCAGGGGUACCUGCUCCGGUACACGCCGUCGCCGCUGCCGAGGUGGGAGGCGACGCCGCAGCGGCACGAGUACUUCUCCGGGGAGUACCGGAGCUACUACCCGACGCCGGUGCGCGAGGGCAUCUACCGCAUCGCCACCGACGCCAACAGGCUCACCACCAUCUUCAGCGAGGAGAAUCCCAACGCCUGCACGAUCGCCUGAGGGCGACGGCCAGGGCCAGGGAAUAAACCGUCUCCAUUCGUGCGGUCCCUCUCCUCUCUUUUCUUCGGUUCUUGGCUGAUCGAUCGGUGCAAGGGAUCGUGGGCCGAGAAUCGGGUUCUUCUUGUAGGUGUUGUGUAGAUAAGAGAAAGGAGAAAACUUUCGGUUCGGCUGGCAAUGAUGCUGAGACGAAACAUUCCUUGUGCUGCCUGCCUUGGAUUGUCGUUUUCCUCUCCUGUGCGCUUUGAUAUUCCUCAUCACAAUGGUUAGUCUGACGGCCGCCAAAGACAGACGAGAAGAUGAAUAACAACAGGAUUCGGCGUUCGCCGGUGAGAAUGCGUUGAAAGGAAACACAAACACCUUUGUCCAUCCUCUCUUUCCUUUCUUCUUUUUCGAAUGCCAUCAUUAAAAGAGGACAUUCUUCUUUCAUUUCUUCUUUUGGAAUUGCUAGAAAACGAGCACCUGGUCUCUUAGACACGUACCCGUAUCAUCAAAUCAUGUUGCCAUAGCUAGUGCACAAUCCUUUUUGCGAUGAUACCUGGAAAAAUACUGAUAUCUGUAAGAAAAGCAUGCUAGGGAUAUUUUAAGUUGCACUAGA